CUCUCAAGAGCAAUACACGUUGUGUUUGGUUGUCAAUUAGACUUUUCCCAUGAUUUCCCCCAAGCAUUUAUUUCACAAUAAGGUGUGGGUUCUAGAAUGAGAUGUGGUUAGAUUUGCUCCUCUUGUAGAUCUUGGCUGUUGUGAUUUCCCCCCAAGCAUUUAUUUAUUUAUUGAGGAAGAGCGUUGCAAGUAAUAAUUUUAGCUUGAUGAUGCAUGUACGUCCUUUGUACUUUACUUCCCCCUUACACUCUCCCGUGGUGGGUUUGGGUUUUGAUGUUGCUAGCUAGCUACUUUGAUAUGAGAAAGUUCACUGAUCAUAUUUCUCGUGUUGCUUGCUCAUCAUAUAGUUUUAGAGUCAAAGGUUGUUUUUCCACUCUAAGGAAUCUUCAAAGAUUUAUUACGGGACCCUUAUUUGAUAAUUCGAGUUAUCAGAAUAUGGGUUUACCUAAGAGAUUUGUGGCUCAAACAAUUAAUGAGGUUUCGAGUCUUGAUUUGGACCAUUUGAAUGGUUUAUUUUCAAGAUGUGGAUGAGAUCAAUUGACAUGUGAAAUUGAAUUGGUAUUUUUUCGUAUCUGCACGCGCUCAAGUCAUUUAUGAUAUAAAAUCGGUAGUUGAGGGUCAGAAUAGUUACCACGGCUAGACGGAUUGUGUUUGUGGAAGAGGUUUUCUCUUUGUUUAGAAAUUUAAAGGUUUUUAUACUCAACAAGAUACUGAAUGCUCGUUUUGAGCUCCGAUUGAAUUUCAGAAGCUCCUCUUAACAAAUGUCGACUAUUAAUUUAAUUCUUUUUUAACUUGAAUUCAUUAAUCCCGAUAAUUAUGCAUAUUUUUUAUACGAUCUAUUAGAAGGGGGAAACAAAUAGAGACGUUAGUCUCAACAAGCUAAGUGAGCAAACUUAUCUCCUAAAUCAGUCACCCUACCUCUACUAUCUGCAUAUACAAACAUAAUUAGAUCACAAAAUAAUUAGUCAUAAUCUCUAAUGAAUUACUUACACGCCCCACUAACAUACACAACUUGCCUUUAUAUUUAUGAUUCACCAGCAACAUAAUUAUGCCUAAUUACCCAAAGGCCAAAAGCAUCUUGCCUGCUCGUUCUCUUCGCAUAUAAUCACAUUAAGUUUGACGCUAAUAUGUUAAUCAUAUAAUAAUAAUAUGUUCAUAAUUAUGGUUUGAGGAAAGAAAAGGAUCACGAAUCCUUUAAGCUAAGCGACGUACCAAACCACGCACGAACAAGAACACUCAAAAUCAAUGGUUGGAGAAAGAAAAAAAAAAAGAUAAAUAAAAGCAAUUGAAGAUAAAAAAAAAAGAUCAAAUUGAGUGCAGGGUGCCUUGCUUGGGAAGUAACUCAAAUUGAUCAUAACCAAAAGGAGAAACAGAAGUAGAGUUAGCAUGAUUACCCUUCAUAAUGAAGUUCUUGUUCUUUUCCUGAGUGCCUCGCUUAUUAUCAAUAGUAUAGGAUCAUGAGAGACGCAGCAUUUAGUUUUUUUCAUAAUGGAGAAAAAGGGUAAAUAACUUGAGUAGGGAAUAGUUGAGCAUACUCUUAAACGCGAAAUUGUUACUGUUUUAGUAGGAUCAUCUAAAUUGUUGAGUAGGUCAUGCAUAAUGCAUGGGACCUACACCGUCAAUAAUUAGAUUGGAGGAAAUAAUCAAACAAUCCCUUUCUUUCCUCCUCGUUGGGAAAAUGAGCAUUUGAGAGGGCGUUUAAGUGUUUGUCUGUCGAGGUUUACUGAUUAAGCGGUUGUGCUUGACAAUGCCCCAAGAAGAUGAAAUUAGUGCGUAAGAAAAUUAUGCAGAGAGGAUAUCAAGUUAUCGUAAAUUGAAAGGACUCUAUGCUCCAAACGCAUAUGCAAGUCACGAAAAUUAAAAAAAAAAAACUUGGUGCUAUAGCAUAUCUCAUGAUGUUGGAAGAGCUCAUACAUGAUUGAUGGCUUGAACAAAACAUUCAAUCACAUCUCACUGAUCUUGAAUUUAGUGUUAUCUGGUGGACACGAACCAAACCGUUUGCCAGGGUGCUUGUUAGACUUAUUCGAACCUUGUGACAGUAUAUCCAAUCUAGUCGAAUGUAUAACUCUUACCUGUAUACCUAUAUUGGUAAAGUUUACAUUUUUCAUUUCUUAUGAGUUUCUUCCAUGUACAUACAAAGAUCGUCCUUCAAACUUGCAAUUUAGAGAUGGAAAUGAUGAAGCUUGGAACCCAAAGAAAUGGACAAUAAUGUGAGGAUAGAAAGACUCAAACUUUACAAGGAUACAAAGGAAGAGAUCAUCUCCAUCAAGAGGAAGGAAGGCAUAGAGACAACAAUAUAAGUCACUAAGGCACACAAAUGGGGCCUCUCACUCACCGCAAUACUCUGUAGUGCUCCAGCCAAUUUCCCCAUUCCCAUGCUGUACUAUCUGUCUCUUGAUUGCCUUGUCUCUGCUGCCCACAACCCUCCAAGAAGUCCAAAUACGAUGAAUUCCCCAUUCAAUUGUGGCCAAGUCCCAAUUGAUUGAAAACACAACACAAGUUCCAAGAAUAAGGUUUCAUUCCACCUUAAGGGUUGUGUUGGUCUUAGUAAGUUCAUAGCAUGUAAUAUGAAAGGAACAAAUUCCUGAGUUUUUUUUCUUCUUUCUUUGUGACUAUCUAGUAUCUUCCAUCCAUUGUGUGAAUAAUUAUAUCAGCUAAGCUAAUUCCAAUCAUAGUGUAGCUAAAACUAUGCAACUCUUAUGUUUGGUUGACAAGGCUAUAGUGGCCAACCCCUAUGUACAUGUGUGCGACUAUUGUUCUCCUUCCGAAACUGUUAUUCAAUGUAUUGUGGACUGCUAAGAUUUUGAGCUAUUGGACUCAUUAAUCGCUCAUCCCAUUUUGAAUUGUCCAAGUUUUGACGACCGAGUCAUCUCACCUGUCGUCUUUUGUGUGUUUAACUGUAGAUGGAGUUCUUGUCUGCUAACUGUAGAUGGAAUUCUUUUCGUGUUUCUUAUUUUAUUUCCUUUAUCUUUAUAGCAUGUACUCAUUUCCUUUAUAGAUCGCACCGCUUGAAUGGUUUGAUCGACUAUGUUGGCCAAAAUCAAAUUUGGAUAUCUUUCAUUCAUGACUCAAUUCAUAUCAUUGAUCCUAUUGCUCUAUCUCAUAGGAUUCACUGGCACUACAAUCAACCAUUUGGAUGAACAAAUACAAUACCCAUUUUGAAAACAGAAACCGACACCACACUCUCCCAUCCCAAUCUUCUUUCCCAAAACACACCUCCAAGAACAAAAGAGAGCAUAAACAAACAAACUUUUCAUUCCUUCACUUCCCCUCUGGUUUAUUUGUUCCUCUCUGGCCCUCCUUUCUUCUUCGAUAUCAUUAUUAUCCAUUAAUUGUCACCAUCUCCAGUUAUCCACCAUUUAAUCAAUUCUUUCUCGGGAAUAUAUUAUCAUCCACCAUUAGUACAUUUCCCCCCUUCUUUCUCUUUCUCUUUCUCUUCUUACUUCAUCAAUUCAAACAAUCAAUCCUCCACAAUACUCUGCCUCCCUCUCUCUCUCCCCACUCUUUCUCUCUCUUCUAGAGAAAAACCCAACUAGCUCCUCCAUUUUUCUGGGGAAUACGGCCCGAUUUCCCCCUCUUCCCACCUCUCCCCAUUAGUACUGCAGUUCCCAACUGAGCACAAAAACCAGAAGAAAGAAUGGGAAUCCAAGUCCUCUGUUUCCCCCUGCAAAACUCAUAAUCAGUAAGUCUCUCUCUUUACUCUGCUCCAGUAGGGGGAAAAGAAGCUCUUCCCCAGCAAUUACUAGAGAUUUCUCCCUUCUCUACCGGAAUUCAUCUUCUGGGUAAGUUAAUUUACCGAUAAAGCUCACUACUUUGCUUUCCUGUCCAUGGCUUUCUCUACUCAUCUCCUUCCUCUGUUCAUUGAGACUGAUUAGCAUAUGAUGAUGAAUUGAUGAUGACAAUUAUGUGAUUAAUCAAUUGUAGUUAAUUAGCUGGGUGUGUUUUUGGCUGUUCUGAUUCCUCUUGCUGUGAUGUGAUUAGUUUAUGGGAUUUGAAUAGUAACCUUGUUUUGUACUGUGGAUUCCACUUUAAUUUAAUCAUAGAAAACAGGGGAAAGCUCGCCAAAAAGAAGAAGAAAUAUCCCAUGGAGUGACUUCAAAGGAUAAUCAAAAAGCUUUGUAACAAGAGACAAACGUCAGCUGACCUCUUGAAAACGUUUGUUUUCCUGUUUUUUGGUUUUAUUAGUGACCACUCGUCACUUUUUGUUUUGCUUGUUGCCAUUGAUGCCUACCCAUCCAACGAGUCUCCUUGUUAUCCACACGUAAUUUUGUUCAUUGUACCCACCAAAUGAUGAAAUUGAUAAUAACAUUUAUGCCUCUAUUGAUUCUAUCUCGAAAUAUUUUGAAAGUCGUUGUCAAUAAACAUGUUAAAUUAUCGAAUAUAACAUCAAUAGUUUAUGUAUUCGGACUCGAAACUCUUCGAAAGUUAUUAUUAACGAGCAAGUUCGAUCUUGAUCAUUGAUCAUGUGAGAAUAUAGUUAUAGAAUUUUUAAAAUGGUAUCAAUUAGAAUGAUAAGUUCCUCCUACCCGAGUCUUUCUUAUUAUUAUCCACAUAUAUGUAUGGUCAAUUUUGCUAUUGAUUUCAUUCAUACGGGAGUUGUUAGUCCUCUAGAUGUUAUAGAUAUGCAAAAUUAUAGUUAGAGUAUCGAAUUUAAACUCUGAAAUUUUUCAAAAGACAUUAUUGAUGAACAAACUAAAUUAUCCUUAGAAAUAAAAUGAUGUAAUACCAUAGUUAUGAGAUUUCCAACUUGAUUUUUUUUUUUUUGCCAAAUGUGUAAUUCAAUUAGUGAGAUGAACAACAAAAAUCCUCACUAUAAAGUUAAAUGGCUAGCUAGCUAAUUAUGAAGAAUAAUUAACUAAUUUUAACAGAUUGAAAACCUAAAGCAACAUUGAUCAUGUGCUAUUAUUUCCUUAAAUCUUCACUAAUCUUGCUUUUUAUCCUAAAUCUCCCCACCAAAUACAUUCUCUUAAUAUGGAAACAAUUCCAAAAUUAUUGAUUGUUUUAUAUGUCACUGCUUUUCAGGCUGGCAAUCCUCAAUUAUUUUGGAUUGGAGUGGCCUUUAUUAGGUGACAAAGGGGAGAAGGUUCAAUUGCCAGAAGAGUGGUCGGCAGCCCAAAAUUACCAUUACAUCCCUCAAUUUAUCACAAUAUGACGAACCAGCCCUUACUCAUUUUGAUUUUGAUCCUCUUCUCAAUUUUCCCGCCAUCCUCAACCGCCAUAACGGAAACGGAAGCUCUUUUGCAGUUCAAGUCUCAUCUCAAGGACCCUCUGAAUUUCCUUGGUUCAUGGAAGAAAGACUCUGAAUCUCACUGCAACUUCACGGGAAUCACGUGCGAUCCGGUUUCCGGCCAGACUACGGCGAUCUCGUUCGAUGAUAAGGCACUCUCCGGCGAGAUUUCUCCGGCAAUCUCGAUGCUCUCCGGCCUCACAACCCUCUGGCUGCCGAGUAAUUCACUCUCAGGGAAGAUUCCACCGGAGAUCGCCUGGCUGAAGAAUCUCCGGGUGCUGAAUUUGACAGGGAAUAAUCUGGUUGGCGAGAUCCCGGACCUAUCUUUCCUGACGAGAUUGGAGGUUCUGGAUCUGUCACUCAACUUCUUCUCCGGCAGGAUUCCGGCGUGGGUGGGGAAUUUGACUUCAUUGACAAUGCUGGCAUUGGGACAAAACGAGUACUUCAAAGGUGAGAUUCCGGCGAGCAUUGGGAAUUUGAAGAAUCUGACUUAUCUCUUUCUGGCCAAUUCUCAUCUCACCGGUCCGAUCCCCGAUUCGAUUUUCGAGCUGGAAGCUCUGGGGACUCUGGAUCUAUCAAGGAACAAGAUCACCGGCGAGUUCCCGAAAUCGAUUGUCAAGUUACGAAGCCUUUUCAAAAUCGAGCUUUUCGACAACCUGCUCACCGGAGAGAUCCCUGAGGAGCUCGGAAACCUGACACAUUUAAGAGAGCUGGACAUCUCUGCCAACGAAUUACACGGAGAGAUUCCGGCGAGCCUCGGGAAACUGGAAUUUACCGUUUUCCAGGCCUAUGAGAAUCACUUCACCGGGGAAAUCCCACCUGGGUUUGGAGAAAUGCGCAGCCUGAUUGGAUUCUCUGUAUACAGAAACAACUUCACCGGAGAAUUCCCGGAGAAUUUCGGAAGGUACUCUCCUCUCAACAGCUUCGACAUCUCCGAAAAUCAAUUCUCCGGAAACUUCCCAAAGUACUUGUGUGAAGGUCAGAACUUACAGUACUUGCUGGCACUGGAGAACAGUUUUUCCGGCGAAUUUCCGGAUUCCUACUCCAACUGCAAAUCUCUAAUGAGAUUCCGAAUCAACAACAACAGAUUCUCAGGAAAGAUUCCCGACGGAAUCUGGGCGAUGCCAUUCGCUGUGAUCAUCGACUUCAGUGGCAACAACUUCACCGGCGGAGUCUCCCCUGAAAUCGGCCUCUCUUCCAACUUGAACCAGCUGAUUCUGUUCAACAACAAAUUCUCCGGCGACAUCCCGUCAGAAAUUGGGAAUCUGGAAAACCUCGAGAGGCUUUAUCUAAACAACAACAACUUCUCCGGCUCAAUUCCUUCCUCAAUCGGGAAUCUGAAACAGCUUUCAUCGCUCCAACUGGGGAAGAAUUCGCUCACUGGAUCUAUCCCGUCGGAGAUAGUACAAUGCACCAAAUUAGUAGACCUUAAUCUCGCCGGCAACUCUCUCACCGGGCGUAUCCCAAACGGAUUCUCAAACCUCAUCACUCUCAACUCCUUCAACCUCUCCCGAAAUCAGCUCACCGGACCGAUCCCAGACGAUCUCGGCUCCCUGAAGCUCAGCUUGCUUGACCUCUCCAAAAAUCAGCUGACAGGGAAAAUCCCACCCUCCCUACUCUCCAUGGCAGGGGAGAAAUCCUUCGCCGAGAACAGAGCACUCUGCAUUGAAAAUUCCUUCCCGCAAGGUGGUUCAGCGAUGAUCAGCGUCUGUACAGGGAAAGAAAACAGAGGAGAAGGGAAGAGCUCUGGAUCAUUAAAGCUCGCAUUGUUCACCGCCGCUGCAGUCGCUCUAGUCCUAACUCUAGCCUGGCUUCUAUUCGCGAGCUACAUGAACUUCAAGCACGAAUUGUCCGAUUCGGAGCUCGGCCUGGAGAGGGAUAAGAAAAGGGAAGAAGAAGCAGAGCCGAAAUGGAACGUCUCGUCGUUCCACCAAGUCGAAAUCGAGGCCGACGAGAUAACCAAUUUGGAAGAAGACAAUGUGAUUGGCUCUGGAGGUGCAGGGAAAGUCUACCGCUUGGAAUUGAACAAGAAGGGAAUCACAGUUGCCGUGAAGAAGCUAUGGAAGGGAGAUGGGUUGAAGUUCUUCGCGGCCGAAAUGGAGAUCUUGGGGACGAUUAGGCACAGGAAUGUGGUGAAGCUCUACGCUUGCUUGUUGAAGGGUGGAUGCAGCUACUUGGUGUACGAGUACAUGCCGAAUGGGAACCUGUUCGAGAAGAUUCAUAGGAGGAUCAAAGGCGGGAAGUUGCCCGAGCUGGAUUGGGUUCAUAGAUACAGAAUUGCCGUCGGUGCCGCGAAAGGGAUUUCGUAUCUACACCAUGAUUGCUCCCCUCCUGUUGUUCACAGGGACAUCAAGUCGAGCAAUGUGUUGCUCGACGAGGAUUACGAGGCGAAGAUCGCGGAUUUCGGUGUAGCGAAGCUUGCUGAGGUGACUCAUGAUCGGCAAGGGUGUGAUCAUAGUUGCUUUGCUGGUACACAUGGCUACAUUGCUCCUGAGAUGGCGUAUUCCCUGAAGGUGACAGAAAAGAGCGAUGUGUACAGUUUCGGGGUUGUGCUCCUCGAGCUUGUGACGGGGAAGAAACCGAUAGAGGAGGACGAGCACGGAGAAGGCAAGGACAUUGUGUCGUGGGUAUCCAGUCAUCUCACGAACAACGACAAUGUCGUCAGGAACGUUCUCGACAGUUCGGUGGCAAUCGACCAGGUUGUUCGAGACGACAUUCUAAGAGUCCUGAAAAUUGCACUCCUCUGCACCACCAAGCUGCCGAAUCUGCGGCCGACGAUGAGAGAUGUGGUGAGGAUGCUUGUUGAUGCUGAGCCCUCGUCGGCUGCUGUGGGUGCUGAUCAUGUGGACGAUGUAGAGAAAGGUUACUAAGAAUGUACUUAAAUAAAAAAUUUAGGGUUUUGAUUGGGUUUUGGUAGUAUUUGUUUUACUGUGUUAUAUAUUAGUGAAUUCACUACCUUCCAUCGGCAAUUAGAGAUUCAUUGAUGUUGUUGCUCUGUAUGUAUAUCUAGUAGCCUCCAUUGGUACUACAAUCUCAACACCCAUUUUAAAGCAAGAAAACCAGUUAUAUUGGAACUCCUGAGUCCUGAUUCGCACUUUUAAUGCAAAAAAAUGUGGAAAUAUCAAACUAAAGCAAUAGAACAAUGAAAACACAUAGCCUUUUUAACGUGGGUUCGUCAAUGUGACACUAGUUUAUGAAGAUGAUCUCACUCUCACAUUUUCGACAGUUUUUCGAGAGAGAAACACCUUGAGAGAGAUUAGAGGAGAGUAUCCAAUCCACCCAAGGAGCAAGGAGAAGGUGCGGCCAAAUGAGAAGAAGUUGGUUUCCAACACUUCCCCCUUCUUAGUUUGUAUUUUCUUCCUCUCACUAUGAUUAAAUCCCUAAGGCUGUUUAGCAAAGAUGAACCCUAGUUUAUAGAUUGUGUAUGGGUCAUGUGUAUGAAUGAUUUUGAGCCUAUAGUCUAUGUCUAUUUGACGUUUAUGCAUAAAUCUCUUGCUUGAUUGUGAUUGAUUUGUUCUUGACCUAGGUGAUAGUUCGAUUCCCUUAGGUCAAAAGUGAUCUAGACAUCAAAUAGUGUUGGAUUGUCUGUAUCCCAUUUUCCUUAGUUGCAACCUAGAUAAUAGUGGAUUAUCAUUAAUUUACACAUGGGUUUAUGGUGUAUUUGAGUUUGACUAAGGUGCUUAAUGCUUGUGAUUAGGGGUAGAUGUGUGUGAAUGCUUCAUACCUUGAUUAGUAGUUGACCUAGAGGGCUCGCUAGAGGUUGAGGUGACCAUCCCCUUCUAGUUAGAUUCGCACCUGGUUGAUUCUUGUAGGUUAGGCGCGUGACCAUCGAGCUACCCAACAUGUGUGCGGACAGAUUUAAGCUGUUUAGAGGAGGCAGAACCUAUCCCUAGCUAGAUAACUCGGUUAAGGUGACAUUGGAUCGACUAUCCUAGCUAGGAGGGGGAUUGAUUGCAUUACCAAUGACUCGAUUCCCACCUUCGCGACCUCCGCACCUCGAGACACCAUUAGAUUAUUGCACGUAACAACCUAUAGCUAGAGGGAGUCAACCCUAGCCAACCCUCUCGUCUCUAGCAGUCUCACAACCACUUAGUUGGUUGUCUUUAGGUAGUUAGGUUAGGUUAGUUUUACCCCCCAAUCUUCCGAGUUGAUUAGACAGUAGUUCGGAGCGAAGUAAUAGUAAGUCUAAGGUUCCCUAGGAUAGUUAUACUUGGCUUUGUUUGACUAUAGUGCGCUUCAACUUUAAAAAUUUAAAGCUCGAUCAAGACGUAAUCAAGAUUCUACACCACGAGCGCAAUGCGCACAUGAGAAUAGGAGAAAACGAAUGGUUCAAGUAACCGAUAAUAGUAUUCCAAUAUUUAAUGGACAUUACACAACACAGUAACCGAUAAUAGUGGUGCAAAAAUAUAAUUUAUUAUCCACA